UGCUAACCGCUCAUAGCAACGUUGUUCAAUACUCGUAAAAACUCACAAGAGUGAGUGUCCAUCGUUCAUUUGUGCAAGGCGGAGUAAACAAGCAGAAUGAGUCAACGACAAGUGUUACAAGUGUUUGAACAGUACCAGAAGAGUCGGACACAGUUUGUUCAGACUGUUGCCGAGCUUGCCUCAAGGCCACAAAACAUCGAGACACUCCAGAAUGCAGGAGUCAUGUCACUUCUCCGUCCUCUCCUUCUGGACAUAGUGCCCACUAUUCAGCAGACAGCUGCUCUAGCUCUGGGACGUCUGGCUAACUAUAACGAUGACCUGGCUGAAGCUGUAGUGAAGGGAGAUAUCUUGCCUCAACUUGUCUACUCGCUGGCUGAGCAAAAUCGUUUCUACAAGAAGGCUGCAGCUUUUGUUCUUCGCGCUGUUGCCAAACACUCGCCUCAACUGGCCCAGUCUGUGGUAGACUGCGGAGCUCUUGAUGCUCUGGUCAUCUGUCUGGAGGAGUUUGACCCUGGCGUUAAGGAAUCGGCAGCUUGGGCUCUUGGCUACAUUGCCAGACACAAUGCAGAGCUCGCCCAGGCUGUUGUUGAUGCUGGUGCAGUGCCACUGUUGGUGUUGUGCAUCCAGGAACCAGAGCUGUCACUGAAGAGAAUCGCUGCCUCUGCCCUCAGUGAUAUCUGCAAACACUCACCAGAACUGGCCCAGACCGUGGUUGAUGCAGGUGCUAUUGCUCAUCUUGCACAGAUGAUCCUCAACCCUGAUGCAAAACUCAAGCGUCAAGUGUUUUCAGCACUGAGCCAGAUUGCCAAACACUCUGUGGACCUGGCAGAGAUGGUGGUAGAGGCUGAAAUAUUCCCAGCAGUCCUUACUUGUCUCAAAGACCAAGAUGAAUAUGUUAAGAAGAAUGUUGCUACACUCAUCAGAGAGAUCGCCAAACACACACCAGAGUUGUCGCAGCUGAUUGUCAAUGCUGGAGGAGUGGCUGCUGUUGUAGACUAUGUUGGGGAAGCCAAGGGCAAUGUAAGACUGCCGGGAAUCAUGAUGCUCGGCUAUGUUGCAGCUCACUCAGAAAACCUGGCCAUGGCAGUCAUUGUAUCAAAGGGAGUAGUACAGCUGGCCAUCUCGCUGGCCGAGGAACCAGAUGACCACAUCCAGGCUGCAGGAGCGUGGGCACUUGGACAGAUCGGACGACACACACCGGAACAUGCUAAGGCUGUGGCUGUGGCUAAUGUGCUGCCCAAACUGCUUCAGUGUUAUCUCCGUGCUGAUGCAUCAGAAGACCUCCAGACAAAGAGCAAGAAAGCAUUGAAGAACAUCUUACAGAAGUGUGUCCACCUGCCUGCCCUGGAACCUCUCCUCCAUGAUGCUCCUCCCAAUAUCCUCAAACAUGUUGUUGGUCAGUUCAGCAAAGUCCUACCCCAUGACUCUAAGGCUCGCAGAUUGUUUGUCACUAGUGGUGGUUUGAAGAAGAUCCAGGAAAUCAAGACCGAACCUGGCUCAGCUCUAGCAGAAUAUGUCAACACAAUCAACAAUUGCUACCCAGAAGAAAUUGUGAAAUACUACUCCCCUGGCUACUCUGAUGCCCUCCUGGAGAGAGUGGAUCAGUUUGCUCCCAAAGUGUAAUAAUACUUUCCUGACAACAUAAAAUGAGAAUCUUACGGACACUUUUGUGCUGAACUCAAGUCAUUUGGUAUACAUCUUCAUGGAUAACUUUCAAGUAUAGUCUACAAGAAAAGUGAAAGCCAUAAGAUAUUUUGAACUCUGAUCAGUGCGUACAGUCACUGGGAGGAAGAGGGCCAUUCCUGGACCACCAGCCCAUCUCUUUCACUCUGUCUCACCUCUAUAGGUGGAUUAUUAUGGUAGAAUUAAUGGUGAAGUUUAAAGUUUUUGUACUGUUCUCUGUAAUAUCGAUGCAGAUAUUUGCUUGUUUGUUAUAUAUAAGCUUUAAUAGUGGUUUGUAUCUGUUAAUAUACGAGUAAUUCUUCUUCAACUAAGCUUUCUACAACAUGAUUCAAAGUUCAAGUGUGAUUUGUCCAGUUUGUUUUCAUGGUAUCAUCCUAGAUCUUUUGUGGUAAUCACUGGGAAGCUGACAACAGUUGCUUGAAGGUUAAAUGUUUGUGCUGUUAUGGACAGUGUCAGUUAUGUGAAGUAUCACCACCUUUCACCAUGUAAAGUCAGUAUAUGGCUUUGUACUGUGUGAAAUAUAGUAUUUAUUUCAUCUGAAUGUGUAUUUGUUCUUGCUAUAAAGGAGAAUCCAGACUUUCAAAUGUUUUAUGCUCAAGAGAAAGUAAGGAACAUGUGUGAAAUUUACCAGGACAAGAUAAUUUUGUUAUUAAAUAAUACUUAAGAAAGUGA